AGCAAAUCGUCAGUCACCAAUAUCUUCCCAUGCGUAUAAAUAGCGCUGAAAACCCAAAGACUUCCCACCCACAACCUUCUGAGAUUCAGAGAGAAUGACGAUCAGUCAAGACAUAGAAAAGGGUACGGGGGAGGUGAUUAUCGGGGACGAACUCCAGGUCCCGUUUCUUCCAGAUUCAAAGAUUUUUGUGGAUUCCGAUGAUAAUGAAGAGAUCUGUAAAAACGGCUCUGUUUCCAUGGUGGUUCUCACUACAUGCGUUGCUGUUUGUGGUUCUUUUGAAUUCGGAUCUUGUGUGGGAUAUUCAGCACCAGCACAAUCUGCCAUUCGGAAAGAUUUGAACUUAUCCAUUGCCCAGUUUUCCAUGUUUGGCUCUAUUAUAACAAUUGGAGCGAUGAUUGGUGCCAUUUCUAGUGGCCAAAUUGCAGACCUGAUCGGUAGAAAAGGGGCGAUGAGACUGUCGGCGGUUCUAUGCAUUGCUGGGUGGCUUGCAAUUUUUUACUCCAUGGGAUCAUGGUCUCUUGAUGUGGGGAGGUUCUUCACAGGAAUUGGCAUAGGAAUAUUCUCUUUUGUGGUUCCAGUAUUUAUAGCUGAAAUCGCUCCAAAGAAUCUUCGUGGUGGACUAACAACAAUUAAUCAGCUUAUGAUUGUUUGUGGCGCCUCAGUAGCGUAUCUACUUGGGGCUGUUAUGACGUGGAGAUAUUUGGCACUUAUCGGAAUUCUUCCGUGCAUGCUCUUGCUUGUUGGUCUGAUCUUUAUUCCUGAAUCUCCGAGAUGGCUGGCUAAAGUAGGCCGGGAGAAAGAUUUUGAAAUAGCACUGCAAAGACUUCGUGGUAGAAAUGCCAAUGUCACUCAAGAAGCUGCCGACAUCCAGGUUUAUGUUGAGACUCUCCAAAGUCUACCCAAAGCCAGAUUCCUGGACUUGUUUGACAGCAAAUACAUUCGUUCCGUAAUUAUUGGUGUUGGAUUGAUGGUGUUCCAACAAGCAAUUGGGAUCAAUGGCAUUGGUUUCUACGCUAGCGAAACCUUUUCAGCAGCUGGACUUUCUAAUGGAAACAUUGGGACUAUUGCCUAUGCAAUUGUGCAGGUUCCUAUUACUGUCAUUGGGGCAAUGUUGAUGGAUAGAUCCGGAAGACGACCACUUCUUAUGGUGUCAUCAACAGGAACUUUCAUUGGCUGCUUUCUAACAGGAGCUUCUUUCUAUCUAAAGGGUCAAAGUAUGUUCCUUGAUUAUGUUCCAGUACUAGCUGUAUCUGGUGUACUGAUAUACAUAGCAUCAUUUUCAAUUGGAAUGGGAGCAGUUCCCUGGCUUCUAAUGUCAGAGAUAUUCCCUAUUCAUGUAAAGGGUGUUGCUGGAAGUUUGGUUGUUCUGGUGAACUGGUUAGGUGCAUGGGCUGUGUCUUACACCUUCAACUUUAUGAUGGAAUGGAGUUCCACUGGCACUUUCAUGUUUUACGCCAUCGCUUGCUUGCUUACGGUGCUGUUUGUGGCAAAAGUUGUGCCAGAAACCAAAGGAAAAACACUGGAGGAAAUCCAGGCAACCAUUAGCUUAUGGCGCACAAGCUAACCCACAAAUGAAGAGAACUAUUGUUUAAACAGCACUUCUACUGCACUAGAGGCUAGCCUGUACCAUGAUCAUGAGAUGGAUCCAAAGAUUUGAAGAGCCAAAAACAGUUCGGUCUGAACACGAAAGUAUUACAAAAGAUGUUUGUAUCAGGUAGCUAGAACAGUAAAUCUAUACCAAUAUUCUGCCAUUAUACGGUUUGGAUCGGGUAUAAUCAUCUUUGUAGCCAUUUAGCAUUAUGGUUUAAAGCUUAAAUUAUUUGGUUCCAAGUGAUUAAAUCAUCAUC